AUGAACCCGGACAGCAUGGACGACCACUCCAUGCAGGACGAUAUGGAACGACCAGCGAAGAGACCAUGUUUAUCAUAUACCCCAACCGAGGACGACGAGGUUCCCGCGGAAUUCGAUCUCCCAGCUGCACGCGCACAGAAUGACUCGCGACUGAAGUCUCUCUUCGAACACAUUUUCGCGAAAUAUAGCAAGGACUUCACGGACGUCGGUGAUGAGAUUGACCUGCAGACCGGGGAUAUAGUGGUAGACAAUGGACAUCUCCUGGGUAUGCGGAGCGAGCACGACGCCGGCCAGCCGCGAUCAUGGCUCUCCCAGGGUGAUCUAGAGGACCCAGAUGCAGACGACGACACCGCGAAGGGAGAGGAGGAUGAAUUCUUCUCUAUGGCAUCUUCUCCUGGUCGUUCCUCGGCUCCACGCGAAGAAUCGCCAUCGAAACAGCUACAGACAGACAUGGACACCUCUUUAGACUUCGUGUUUACAUUUAAAUCAUCUGGGACUGCAGGGCACAGUCCUACGACCAAGGAAGAACAAGCCUCCCAUCCGACCAACCCUAUCCUACCUUCCAAACCACAAGAUUCAAUCUGGGCAGUCCCAGAUCUACCUGCAUCCUUUUCAACCCCCACCACCGAAACCCGCAAAACAAACGCGGGCUUCUCUUCACCUGCCACUGCCACAGCCAGAUCCCCGUCCCCGCCAGGGAGCGGCUCAAUCUGGGCUGUGCGUAGACCCCGCAAGCCACGCACAGAAACGAAACCCAAGGCCACGCCCAGCAAGCGUCAGCCAGCCGCGAAGCGCAAGUAUCAUUCCAGCCCUGUCACGCGCGACUGGUCUUUUGCGGAAGUGCCAGAUGGGAAUGAGUCCGAUGACCCGUUGCAGGACUAUGAGCCGUCGCCGACGCCAUCGAGGGUUAAAAUCAUUCGUGGAAAGCGUCGCGUUCCGACUAAGGUUAAUGAUGGUCCUUCUACUCCUUCCAAGCGGCCGACUGUUGUUAUUGAAGUUGAGCGGGGUGAUCGCCAAGAGGGGGGGUGUGGAUUAAGUGGCCAUGCGGCUGAGGUGGCUGACGCACAUCUUGAAGAACGGGGCUACGAACUAAGUGGUGGCGAUGAAGUUCCUGAUACACAUCUUGAAGAAGGGGGCUGUGAAUCGAGCAAUCAGGUAGAUGAAGUACGGCAAUCGAUCAAUGUAUCGGAAGCACGAAAAAGCCCGCGAAGGUCCGAUCACAUGUCCGACCAUCAAGAGAGAUCGGUGGCUGCUACGUGGAUGAAAGCUCAUUUACACGAACAAUGGAACCAAUCGAGAUUCGUCAGAGAAUAUCGCGCUACUUUUGGUCGAAGCCGAACUUAUAUAACCCUGAAGAGAUGGAUGGACGAGAAAGAGAACUCUCAAGCGAAGAGAUGUAUUGUCAUACCGAAAGUUCCGGUUACAUGUCUGCAUGAGACAUUAUCGAAUGAUAGUUCUUCGUCGCCAACCCUGGGUCUUUCGAAUGGUAAGCUCCGUGUGCCAUCAACCUUUCAGAAUGGGCCCCCCGAGGAGUCAAAACGUCGCUGGGACGUAGCCCCUAUUAAGAUAGAAAGUGGUCUUUCGAGCUUGCCUGAAGCAUGCCCUGAAGAAGAGGAACCGAGCAUUCAGGUAGACGAGGUGCCUGAAGUACGCCCCGAAGAAGAGUGCUGCGAACCGAGCCACCAAGAAGACGAAGUGCCCGAAGAACAACUACGAGACUACGAACCAAAUGAUGAAGAAAACGAAGUCACCGAAGAACAGCUGCAAGGAGGCUGUGAACAAAAUGACCAAAACGAAACAUCUGGAUCAGAAUAUAAAAACGAACUGCCAUGUAAUCCUAUGGUACACGAUUCAACCCCCAAGACCACAGCCAGCAUGGCUUCGUCCCCGCAGCCCGAAAACACCCCAAGCAAAAGGCAGCCCAUCACACCCGACGAAGCAAAGUUGAUCGUGUGCAUGAUGCACAAACAAGAAAAGAAAGCCAGCGACGUAAUGCAUAUGUUGCCAGGUCGCGAAUACCCGACAGUCUGGCACUGGUUCUACAAUCACUGGACCCGGCGUCUUGCCAAUCCGCCUCCCCUUUCCGCUGCCUGGUCGCAGCCUGAGCUGGUAUCCCUGUCCCGACUCAGCACCCAAUCGGGUCUUACCUGGGGUCAGAUACAAAGUCGCUUCAAGGGGCGAUCCCGACACGAGGUUGAGUUUGAGCUGCUACGUGCUUUUGUGGGUGAGGGAUUUCCCUCUGCCAUGGUAGGGAACAUAGAGGAACAGGCGGAGCCGGAAGAGCUGCCGGCAGAGCUGCAGCCGGAAGAAAUGCAAGACGAGAUAAAUAAUGAGCCGGGAUCUGAAGCGGCCAUGCAGCAAGCCCCAGAUGAGGUAGGAGGUAGUAAUGCUGCAUGCGAAGACAUUGCCCAGGAAGAGCUUAAGCAGCUUGGCAUCCAAGAAGUGACCAACGCCACCGACAUGCAACCGGAUUAUACCAAUACGGCCAGUGAUUGA